GUUCCCCACCUGGUCGUGGAUGUCGUUCAACGGCAAGGUCACAUACCCUGCGGCGGCGUACACGACCCGUACAGUCCUCCCGUCGCCGAGAUUCGCCAUGCUGUCGUGGCCAGAUUGUUGCGACGAGUAUGGAAACGUGGACAUGGAGGCGACCGAACACUUAAAACUGCGCGGACCAUCGAGAGAGGUCAUGAUCCCCCAUAUUGACCUCGACGACAUGGCAAGGUGCCAAGAGUUCAAGUGCUACGACAUCAAAACGGGCUCCAACAGGACGUAUUUCCAUAAACGCCUUGAGGACGACGAGGAGCUUUGCCAUGUCGGCAUGGUCGUCUUUGACGAAUACAGCCAGCGGGGGGUGGACCGGCGGCCCUUUGAAGGCGACUCGUUCACCAAGCUCACGUGUCUGAUAGUUGCGACAGCAGGCGACGAAGAACACCAGCCCAUCAUGAAGCUGGUUGGGGGAGACGUUGAGAGGUGGGUUCCGUACCCCGGCCCGAGGGGAUACACCACUUUUGGCUUGGUUCUCGCGCCUUUGCCGGGUCCGGAUGACGGCAGCGGAGUUGCAAAGGGGACAGAGCCUAGCGACAAAGAAGCUAUCACGGAGAAACAAAAGAGUCCAUGGUGGAAAGCCAAGUCGAAACGGUCUCAAAGCCGCGCUGAAGAUCCACAGCCUGAGACCUUCUCAGGGCCGGCCGUUAAAUAUCGGCGCGUGGGAUUGUUCCACGGGACCAAGACGUCGAGUCGCUACUUUGAGGACGCCCCGAUGAACGAGUUUGAACUCGUCUAACCACUCAAUGGGCGGGUUUAAUAUGAACAAAUCAUUGCUACAGUA